UUCAAGGUAGUCUACACUCGGAUUCACACUUUGUUCAGAAAGACUGAAUUACUGGGACAGUCGCAUCCGCAGCAGCUUUUUUUUUUGACUUUUGCAUUACUUUCAGCUCAGAGGUCAGUAUGUUUCAAUGGCGAUAUGCAAAACUGACAUAAUCCAGGUUCGCUGGACAUGGGGGAGAAAGUGGGGGAUUGUGAGGAUAGCCUUUGUUAUUUCUCGUUAUCUGCCAAUUAUAGGAUUUGCUAUCACGAUGCUAUAUCACACUGUCGAGACAACUCUCAGAGGAAUUCCAAUUAUUGGGAGGUACCAUGCUACAGCUAGCAUCAUGAUCAUAUUUACUGGCGCUGCUGCUAGAGCCUUGUUCGUAACCAGGACAUAUGCGUUCUGUGCAUUGGAAAAGAGGAUCGUGAUUGCGAUAUCAUUGUUUUCCACGGUCGUAACAGCAACUGCAGUGGCAAUCGUAAUUGUUGUCGAGAGUGAUCCCGGAAAUUUUAUACAGUACGAUGGUGUAUUCGAGGAGGAACGACGCCUUAGCAUUUGUUAUGGCUUGCUCGCGAUUUAUGAGAUUGGAUUGAUGUCGCUGACAAUGCACAAACGCUUCAAAUCUUACCGACAGGAAAAUACUCCAUUGGUUGCUACUGUAUAUCGCGAUGGCAUGUUUUACAUGCUGUGGAUUACUCUCGCCUCGGUAGCGAAUUGCAUCGGUUUUCUUGUGCUUCCUCUAUCAUAUGCUUCUCUUUUCACUAGCUAGUUCUGCAGAGCGUUCUUGCCUCACGCAUCCUGUUCAAUCUGCGAGCAACGAACGAAUCGCCGGAUGACGUUCUAAUCUUGCCAGUUGCUUCU